CGAAAGCUACAUUCUAAAUAUAGCUACCCGGAUAGAAAAUUAAUCGUUUACAGAUAAAAACUAUUGCUUUUUAACUAAUUUCCCUGUUCAACAAUGUUGAUUACACAAAACAAUUUGUCAUGUUCACAUUAAUUUGGCUGCUCUAAAUAAAUGAGGACACGCAUUUUUACCUCUUUAGUUCUUUCUACAUGUCUGCUUGUUAGCAUCAACAUGCCAGCUCAGGCAUGUGAAGAAGGUUGGUUUGGCCCUGAAUGUCGAUAUAAAUGUCGCUGCCAGGGAUCUUGUAACCAUGAAGGUGAAUGUCAAGAUAAAUGUGAAAUUGGUUGGUUUGGUUAUAGAUGUCAAUAUCGUAUAGCUGAAUACAAUGCUCUGACAGAAGAUGCUGAUAUUACAUCUAUUUUAACGGAUAAUGACGAUGCAACGUGCAUUAAUAUUGAAACUGAAACAAUUCAAGUACAACUACACAAUUUUUAUUAUAAUCCUUGGAUUCGAUUGUUUACCCUGAAACCAGAAUUAAUAUACAAUUUGAAAAUAUCUCUAUUUGGAGGAAACAGUGUGCCUUUAACAAAACAUUCCAAGGAAAGAUUUUUACUUAAGGACAACUUUGUAGAUAUUCAUAUUUCAAUAGAAAAUAAGUAUAUCACAAGUAUUUUAUUAGAAGGAGGAGCAAUACGUCGACUUUGCUCUCUUUGGGUCAUUAUAGGUCAGAACGUUGCGAUAAAACAGAAGGUUUACUAUGGCAAUUCAGAUAUAGAUGAAAGAAACAUAAUCCUACAACAGUAUCCUCAAGCUACAGAUGGAUUACUUGAAUGCAGCACAAGCGACACAAGAAUUGCUGGCACCACCUGGGAACUGGUGAUGAAUCCUUCUUUUCUCAUGAAGACUUAUUAUUUUUAUGUCAAUGACACAAUUGGCGGCUACAGAAAUAUCACAAUUAAAAAAUUUAAUAACUUCGCACAAUGGAUUGAAAGUUCUUUAAUUGUUGGUACGAAGUCCGCUACUGUAUAUGGAGUUAGUGAUGAAUCAUCUGAACCUAUUGGAGCGCUUACAUUUUCCCUGACCAGCUGGUCUACGAAUAAAACUUUGACAUUGUUACUCUGUGAAGUUGAGGCAUUUACAGAAUGCAGAGAAGGUACUUGGGGUGUACACUGUCGAAACAAAUGUCAUGAGAGUUGUCCAGACUCGUGCCGCUUUGAUGAUGGACUGUGCAGUAACACUUGCUUCGGAUAUAGUGACCCAUUAAGAUGUACAAAUGGUUGCACAUUUGGUAAAUGGGGUAUCAACUGUAAUCAAAUAUGUCCAACAAAUUGUUUCAAUUCGUCUUGUGAUGGUAUUUCUGGAAUGUGUACCCAAGGAUGUUUGGGAUAUAGCGAUCCACCUAAAUGUAUAUUAGCGUGUACAGCAGGACUCUAUGGUAUCAACUGUUCUUCAAGAUGUUCAGACCAGUGUCUAAAUCCGACUUGCGAUGCAAUAACUGGGCAUUGUAUUCGUUGUAGAGAAGGAUUUCAAGGUUUAUUUUGUGAGCAAGUAAUCAAGAAAAGUGAUGGUUUCUCUGAACAGACCAUUAUAGCUAUCACAGUCUCGUUAGCAUCAGCAGCUUUGAUAGCUUUAGUGAUCUUUCUAAUAGCCUUAAAAGCCACAGGAAAAUUAUGUUUUGAACAUAAGGAAAACAUUCGAAAUCUGCCAGAACCUUCAGUGAUUCCAAAAUGUGAAGAUCCAUAUGACUAUAUUGAGAAACCUGAAGAUGAAAUGUAUAGUAAGAUUGAUGAAAUUGAAAUUCAAAAUUAUUCUAACGCUUAUGCUUUGCCUGUAAUAUUUUCACAAGAAGGACACACCAAUGAGUUAAAUACUAACGAAAACAGAAACGAUGUCCAAUAUGAGAAACCGAUCUCUCCAUUUUGAUGACACGUUCUAAGUUCAAGGUGGCUACAACUCUACGUCAAAGCUGAAAGAACAAAUUUAUUGUUAUAUUGCUUUAUUGUGAUAGUUUUUUCUUCUUUAAUCUCUAGAUCAAUGUGUUUAUAGAUCUAAACCUAAAAUUAAAUAAAUCUUAUAUUAGUAUUGGCCUGUAGGCCUAUA